AUGGAGGUGCCCAACACCAAGCCCCGGCGAGCUGCCUGCCUCCUGCUCCUGCUCUUGUUCUGCUCCCUGGCUGCUGCCCGGCAGAACCUGCCCCACUGCUGCCGGCAGAAGACCUGCUCCUGCCGUGUCUACGACCUCCUGCACGGCAUGGGCAACCACGCCGCUGGCAUCCUCACACUGGGCAAGAGGAAGAGCGUCCCCCUGGCCUUCCAGAGCCGGCUCUACCGCCUGCUCCAUGGCUCCGGCAACCACGCUGCGGGCAUCCUCACAAUGGGCAAGCGCGGGCAGCAUCCUGACACUACCUGCCACGACAUGCUGGGCUACCCUGCGGGCACGGUCGCCCAGCCGACUGCGGAGCCGCGAGGUGCUGACACCAGCCCUGACGACCCCAGAGAGUGCCGGGGACACUCAGGGAAGGACCUGAGCACGAGCCAGGCCCAGGGAGCUGCAAGGAGUUUUUACUGA